AUGCUGCAUUGGUCCGCCACGUCACAGGACUCGCUCAAGCUUGCAGGGAGGAGGGGAGCUCUCUUCUUCCCCUCAUCCCAUGAAGCCCUUUCCCCCCCAACUCCCUAUUCCCCCCACACCCGCAGCUACAUGCUGCAUCGGGCCACCACCUACAUGCUGCAUUGGACCAUCACCUCACGGGACUCGCUCAAGCUCGCCGUGGAGAACAGGAGCUCUCUUCUUCCCCUAAUUCUCUCAAGCCCUUAUUCCCCUCACCCUCUUCCCUCCCACGCAGCUACAUGCUGCAUUGGACCAUCACGUCACGGGACUCGCUCAAGCUCGCAGUGGUUGAGGGGAGCUCUCUUGUUCCCCGCACCCCCCGAUCCCCAGAACCCCGUAUCCCCCACUCCCUACUUCUCCCGCACCCACAGCUACAUCCUGCAUUGGACCAUCACUUCACGAGACGCCCUCAAGCUCGCCGUGGAGGAGCGGAGCAGCACGGGCGCGGGCGGCGGCGGAUGGCUCAUGCUGGCGUGGGCGCGCAAGGGGCAGCCCUUCCCCAGCGACGCCAUCUUCGGGAACCUCUUCGGGCGGCGUACCGUGGCCGCAUUCACAAUCAGCGGGCCCGGGGCGGCAGGCGCGCAGACGGCGUCGUUCACCCUGGGGCGGACGGCGUUCGGCACGACCUUCAAUGGCGCCGUCAUGAAGUUACCAGGUGUCUCGCCUAUUUACCCUGGGGCGGACAGCCUUCCGCACGACCUUCAGUGGCACUGUCAUGAAGUUCUCACGCCAGAGGGCAGACGGGGCAGUACCGGUGAGCUACUAUGGCAGGAACCGGCUGCUGUGGGCCUUCACCACCGACUCCUCCGCCAACCCCCCUCACAGCACUCAAUCCUCUCCUCUCACACUCAGUUCACUCCUCUCUCUAUUCAACCCCCUUUGCAAGCCAGGUUCACACGUCAGAGAUCAGACGGGGCAGUGCCAGUGAGCUACUACGGCAGGAACCGGCUGCUGUGGGCCUACACCACCGACUCCUCCGCCAACCCCACGCUCCCGCCCUUCUACCGGGGCAUCUCAGUCGUCGAUUUCUCCUGCACCGCUGUUGGCGAUGUUGGCAAUGGUGACAGCAAUGGCAAUGGUGGUGGUGAUAGCGAUUCCUCCUUCGACCCCUCCCCUCCUCCACCCACCCGCACCCCCUCCCCCCCGCCCGCCUCGUCCUGCCUCGGCUCCCGCAAGACGUCUUGCUCUGCUUCCAGCCUCCCUGGCUACACGUCCGUGGUUACCUUGGGCAAGGGGCUCAUGCUGCACUGGAAGCUCCUCACCACAACGAGUGCCGCCUUCUGCCUGCAGGCCAAGUCGGGCACGGCAGCAGCAGCAGGGGGGUGGGUGUCAGUGGCAUGGUCAAGGGGCGGCGGCAUGGUCCCUGCUGACGCCGUCAUUGGCGCGCCUGGGGGCGCUGCCAAGGCGUACGCCAUUUCCAGCUACAGCUCUGUGGACCCCACCUCUCGGUUUGCCAUCACAGGGGGGUCGGUGAAUUCGGGCUUCAACGGCGUGCUUCUAAAGUAA